AUGCCCUCAAAUCCUGCGCCGUCCUCGAAGAAAAGAAAACGCGAUGAUCCAUCUCACGAAAGCCUUUCAUUUGAAUUAGAUCCCUCCUCAUCUACUGGAACAACAGCAUCAGGUCCUUUAUUGGGCACUUUUCCAGCUCUCCAAGCUCCAAAAGACACACCUUUCAAGUGUUACGGUCGAAAGAAAGCGAAAAAAGAUAAGGAUGAUGAUGGCGGAAAGUACGAACAUACUUUGGUUGUAGGGGAGGCUUCAGCCGUCGAAUUCAUCUCCAACGAAGAAGAAAGCAAACGAGCUGCUGAUUCUGGAUGCAGUUAUCUCUUGGCUGUCCGUGACCCUCGAACUUCCACGAUCAAGAUUCUUCCUUCCCCAAAGACACCCUAUAUACUCACACGAACAGUCAAAGCCCUCAAAUCCAUAGUACCAGCCGAUGCUCCGUCUACAUUGGCGUAUAGAGAAGCUAGGACUGCUCUCGGAGAAACUUUCGGCACGAAGAAAGCAAAAGCCGCAAUUCGUGCCCAGGAACGAAAUCGCGUCGAUGUCAGCGCUAUGCAAGGCGUGAUGCAACAUGUAGUGGACGGUAUUGACAUAAAGGCUGAAGGACUAUUGACAAAAGAAGAAGCAAAGGACUUGGCUGACUCUUCCCGUCUCGUGCCGCCUUUCUCUGCUACGGCUACCGAGCCUGGAGACAUAUAUCCCUUGAACGACAUCAUCCCGGACGCUGAAAUGAAGGCACUCAACAUCUUACCCAUUGAACAGAAUCUCAAGCACAAUGAUCACGUUGGUAUGCUGUUCUGGAAACAUUGCAAGUGGGUCAACGAUCAUCUUAAACGCGUGGGUCAAGAAGAAGAAAAGCGUAAGGCUCGCAAACGCAAACUAAAAAUGUUACUCUAUGUCUCUAUAAUGUUUCUGUUCCGUCGAAUUAUCAGUCACCCAAAGGGUCUAGACAAAGAUUCGAUAAUUGAAAAGAUGAACAAUGUCCCUACCGUUGUUGUGGAUGGGCUUCUCUCUAGAUUCACGGAGACAACCAGAGGAUCUUCGGUUCACAUCCUCACCUCAUCAAUGUCCACAAAAUUUAUGGCCUACCUUCUAGCUCUCUGUCUCAGAGUGGAUGACUUUGUAUCCAAUCCAAAGACUUUAGCUGAUGACCUCAGUUUGUCUGUCACCAACGUUCAAGCCGCCUAUCGCAGUUUAGGCUGUAAAUUGAAGACCCUUUCCGAGCGCGAACGUGCCAAUCGGGGACUUUCAGACACGCUCGCUGACACCAAGUUCGCUGUGCUCACCGCUCCAGUUCAGUUUCCGAAGGUUAGAACGGGGAAGAAGAAAGCAUGA